UUCUUUAAAAAGUUCCCUGCAUGCGCCCAGACUGAGUUGCACCAACCGGUUUUAAGUUGCAGAAACAGUAUCCCGGCCAUGUUGGAACCCAGCCUUGCAGGCCACCUCGUAUCAAGACACCAUUUUCACCUGAGAGCGGAAACAACAGUGAUGCGCCAAUGAUUUGACGUCGAAAUCUGGCUCUUUAAUACGUUUCUCAGUCCGUUUCGUGUUUUCCAUUCAUGCCUCCUAAUAGCGCAACAGCAGCUUAACAACGUCGUAUAAUGACGCGACGCUGCGUUACGUGUGACUCGGUCUUUGUUACGGACUCCACCUCUUUCACGUGGACGCGCCUUAAGCCGAAUUAGAAAAUCCUGGGUUAACAAAGCUUGUCGAUAUACCGACCCGGUGACAACGGUUAUCAUUCCUCGGUUCCGUCUCCUGGACAACUGUUUUACAACGUGACGCAUCCCGGAUCGAACCGUGGCGCCGACCCGGCUCGGUUUCGCAGCGUUUUUCUGCAGCGGAUUACGAUUUGAUUACUAAAUCUAGCAUUGAAACAUCUCGGAUAAGUGCGCGCGCUCGCUCCGCCGCACAGGGGAGAGCAGUCGCACGUAGAGACCCGGAUCACAAUGAUGAUGAUGAUGAUGAACGCAGACAGAGAUUACCAGAUGAAUAAAAAGCAGGAGAGGGCUCAUUUCUUCAGCUCCAAGGAGCAAGAACUUAUUUUGAAGUUGUAUGAAGAAGAGCGAGAGAUCCUAACAGCCAAGUCCAACACAACCAGCGCCUCCAAGCUGAGGGAGGAAGCCUGGCAGAGGAUUGCUGAUAAAAUAAAUGCGGUUUCAGACAGUGGCUACAAAAGAACAUGGCAGCAAGUGAAAGUCAAGCACAAGAACAUCAUCCAAACAGCAAAAAGAAAAAGGGCCGAUGUGCUGAGGACCGAGGGAGGGUCGGGAAGCCCCUCUCUGACCUCAGCAGAGGAGGACGGGGUGCACAGCAGAGAAAACACCAUGAGGGUGGAGGUCCUACCCGGAGGCGCCUGCAUCGGCCCCGUCGGUGGAUCCGACAGCUCCUUUAUGAGCGUGUCAGGCCAUCCGGUCCUCCUCCUGCCCGUCACAAAGACGGAACCAGAGAGCCUGAGCGGCGAUGAGACGGACAUCAGCGAGGCUCAUUUUGACGGGGAUGUGCAGCACAGCAGUUUUCAGGAGGUCGGCAGCCCAGCAGGGACUACGAGCAGGACCAGACGUGCUGAGAAGCAGACUGAUGAACUAAGGACCCUUUACUGCUGUUACCUCAAAAAGGAGAUGGAGAAUCGGGACCAGGAGAUGGCCUACAGAGCACUGAAGAUGAAGAAGCUGGAAAAGGAAAUCCUGUUACUGGAUAAACAGCUGAUGUGAUUGUGAGAAACAGAACUUUAACACUAUAAUAGAUUUACUAUGUUACUGUCACCUGACAAAGGACAAUAUUAAUGACCAUUAUAAUGAUUCAGUCUCAUCCAAGUCGAAGCAUGAGCAAUUUCAGCUGCUGAUUUUGGCCUGUAGGUGGCGUCCAAUACCUCUAGUUCUCAGAGAAUGUGGAUCUCAAAAACCUUCAUAAUUGUAGUUAGGUUUACAUACAAUAAGCUCAAUUUCACAUUUUUAUAAUGUUUGAAUGGUGAAUUUAGAAGGUUUUAAAUUUUUUUCUUUUUUUUAGUUAUUUAAAAAUGAUCACUGUACUACUCAGACAAUGCAAAACCUCCACAGUUAACAGCCAAGGUUAAAUGCCAGUGAAGUUUUACUUAUUAGCUAUAUGAUCUUCAGCAUCUUCCUUGAAUCUUAAUGAAUUAGAAUCUAAUUGAAAAAAUUUAUUUAUUUCAGUAAAUAAGUUUAAAAAAAAUUAAACCACAUAUUUUCCAGAUUUGCUAUUCACAGAGGGAAAUAUAUCAAGUAUUCAUUUUUGUUUGUUUUAUUGAUUAUGGUUUACAGCUAAUUUUAAACCAUAAUUCAGUUUUGACUUUUAUCUAAAAAAAAAAAAAGGACGAGCCAUUGAGCCACAGUCCAGUCAUUUCUGUCUUUAGCCGACAUAAGACACCUAUGACUUGGUUUCUGGUUCCUUUUUAAACUCUGACAGCUUGGGAAUCCUCCUCUCCCCCUACAUUUGCUAUAUUUUAUACAUCAUCUUUUCUUUCCACUCAAUUUUCCAUUAAUUUGCUUGGACAUUACCAUUCAAACAGCCAGCUUGCAACGCUUUAUUUAUUAUUGGGGCCUGCCAUUUGCGUUACAUAGGGAAGAGCAGUGACUGCCUUUAGAAUUUCUGUUUAUAUCUUUAUUUCUUCUUCUUUCGUCUCCCUUAAUGCGGCUCUAACCGCUGCAUGCCCACCAACAAAAAUGGUAUCAAAAUGUGCAGCUCGAUGGCGAGAUGGGUGCUAUUAUUUUUUAUUGGGAAUCAGAGUUACGUAAAAAGCGAAAAACGAGCGAAACCUUGGAGUGUAACUGACACCAACUGCCGGUUUUUCACUAUCCUAAACUGCCUUGCUGCCCAAGCCUUUUUCCUAAAGUUAGCUUUCAGCUAGUUUGCUUAUUAAUUAAUUAAUUGAUUGAUUAAUUAAUUGAUUAAUGAAUUAAAGCUAUCUGUCAGGCUUUGAUUAACACAAUACAAGGUUCAUUAUUUUAUACAGUCUCAGUACCACGGCUUUACCCACUGUUUAUCCAAGACUACAUUUUUAUAGACAAAAACUGCAACAGUAAAUUUCAAGAACAGUCAUCAUCCAAAAGACUUUCCCUUCCCCCUUGAAAAGAAGAAAUAUACUUAAAGAAUUGUCUUUUAGUGUAUGCAAAAAAAAAAUGCAGCUAUUUAAAAUUCCCUCUACCCCCCAAAACAAAGGAAAUUAAUUUUAAAAUAUUAAAUAAUAUCUAUCCAUGUAAAGAAUACUUUAGACUAAAAUUUAAUAUUGAGGCAAAUGACUGUGCCUUUUGACGUAGAACCUUUGCAACAUUUAUCCUUUUCUUGCAGUUAUGCAUCUAAAUUUUGGAAGGAUCUUCAUAAUUGGUUGCUGACUAAUAAUUUAAAUAUUCCAACUGUAACUUACAGCAAUUAAAUUUGGCAUUUAUAUUUAGGACACAAAAUUGGAAUAUAUUAUUAAUAACCUGAUAAUUAUGGCCAAAUAUUAUUACACAAAUGUAAAUUUAAAAAAAAUUUACCCCCAAUCUGUGAUCUUACCUAAAAUAAAUUUCACUUCUGUUCAACUGGUUGUGAAAAUGGUUGAAACAAAGAAUGCAACUCUGCUGUGUAGUAGUUUGUCCUAUUUGAUUUUUGGCAUUUAUCCAAUUCAUGAUUAAGACCCCCUACAAUAAUUCCAGUUAUUCCGUUUAUUAAGCUUUCUUUAUUUUCUAAUAAUAAUUACCUGUUGUGUCAUAUAACGUUCAAGUCAUUCUGUAACCCCUUUGUUUCUUACCAGAAGUAAGAAACAAGUGACUAGGAAAGACUACUGACUCCUCACUCAAGAUACUGGAUAAAAAGUAUAUGUGCUUGUAAGAUUUGGCUGUUAAAGUAGAAACAGCCAGGAGACUGGAAAGUGAGCUGGCUUUGCUGUUGCCUAGCAACAUAGCAUACAUUACAUUGUUCCACUGAUGGAAUCUGAUGAUGUCGAAGUGUUGUGAUGUCAUAAGAAACGGAUGCCUUGAAUGUCCUGCAUCUGAAUCAAAUUUGCAAGAAGCUCAAGAAGCAGCACGGGCGUUGGUUUUUCCAUAUUGGAUUUAACAUUGCAUUUUUUUGUAGCUUUUCUGAUACAUCGGUUGGACAGUCAAAAUGUCACAAAUUGACCCUGAUUCGUUAACAAAGUCCCAAAUUAGACAAAUGACAAGAGAUGAAUUGGCUCUCAUGGUUAUGGAUUUUAUGCAAAGGAUUAAAGAAAAAUCUGCGUUGCUGAUUAAGGAGAACAUACUGCAGGAGGAUUUGGAAAAAUCUCAUGUACAAAUGAGCUUCUAAAUGAGAAAAUUGAUUCACUCACCAAAGACCUAAACUGGUCUCUCAAGCAAAAUAAAUACCUGGAAAGUCAGCAAAUCCCAAAGUUACAACACAAGGUAGAGAACCGGAGUUCCCACAGGACUCAGUUGUUGUCUGAGAUAAAAGACUACAAAAAUAAAGUUAAAGAGCUUCAAGCCUCUUUAAAAAACUUUGAAAGGGACUCAAAACUGCAGGUUGAGAAGAUUGAGGCAGAAAAACGGCAAAUGGUAUCUGAAAUCACAGCAUACCAAGCGAAGGUUGAAAAGCAACAAAGUGAAGUGAAGAGACUUGAGGUUGAGGUGUCCCGAAAAAUCGACGAAAUUAGCAUGAAAAAUAAUGAGCUUUUGAAAGAAAAAGAGAAGUGCAGACUUCUUGAAGCCAGGGUAAAAGCUCUGGAAAAGUAUUUGAAAGAGGUAGAGAAGGAAAAUAAGAAACUUCCCAAAACCCCAAUGGAGGAAGCCAUAGAGAGAACUAAACAAGAGUUUAAAGCAAGGGUCGAUUUAUCUUCAUGCGCAUUAACUGUGGAAAAAAAGCGAAACAGGACAUUAAAAGAACAUCUGACGAAAAAAGAACAGGAGGUGAGUAAACUCAUGGAGCAGCAGGCUGAGACCUCCAAGCUCUUAGCUUUACAGCAACAGAAAGAGGCUCUGACUGUGAAACAAAGUUUAGCCCACACAGAAUAUGAUUGGAGAGACCUGAAGAAAGAAAAUAAAUCCUUAAAUUGUCAGCUAAAGUUACUAUCUGAAAGCAGGCAGAGAGAUCAACAUCACAUUAAAGAAGUCACCAACCAAGUGCGUAAGGUGACAGAAAUGUACAUAACUGAGAAGAAGCAACAUGAGAAUUUGAAGGCAACCAUAAAGAGCAAAGGGGCUAAGGUAGAAGGUGAUAUUGAUCAAAGCAAAGUUGAAACAGAAACAAACGCUCAACAACUCAAACCUCUACCACCGAUCCAGGAAAAAAAAACCCAGCUACCCAAAACAAAAUCCAUAUGUAAUCGAAGAAUUCUGGUUCUGCGGGAAGGAAAGAUAGAGCCAGCCUUUAAUGAUGAAAACC